AAGGUUGGGGGUACAGAGACAGGGCCUGACUCCCUGUUGGGUGAGGGGAUAUGGAGCCAGCGCGGAGAUGAGGCGAACGCUUGUGCAGUGAAUCGUGGCUGGAAAAACAGACUCACGGGAAGAUUCUCCAAUCAGUAUGUCAUCCAACACAGAUGUUUCUCUUUCUUCAUACGAUGAAGGUCAGGGAUCUAAAUUUAUCCGAAAAGCUAAGGAGGCACCAUUUGUCCCUGUUGGCAUGGCGGGGUUUGCAGCGAUUGUCGCCUACGGAUUGUAUAGACUGAAGAGCAGGGGGGACACGAAAAUGUCCGUCCACCUGAUCCACAUGCGCGUGGCAGCCCAAGGCUUCGUCGUGGGCGCCAUGACUCUCGGUAUGGCCUAUUCCCUGUACAAGGAAUUCUGGGCGAAACCGAAACCCUAGAAGGAGAGCUGCGGUCACGGUCGUGGUGGUGGUGGUGGUGGUGGUUGCCGUGGUUAGAGAUCUCACAUUGAGGUUCUGUAUUUAUCUUGGAAAUAAAUGGUUUGACUGGGUCAGACAGCAGUAACAUGGUAAUUUGAAUACUGGCUUCCUUUCUCGCAGGGCUGGUUUGCCGGGUGCCUAGAUCACUAGUGACUAGUUCGCUAACUGGGUCGUUCAGAGGAGUCAGAUCAGCACGUGAGAAGCGUGCCACUUUCAAACGCACCCGAUAGUAGUCCAGUGUCCACCUUGUUCAUCUCUUUUGGUGAAAUUAGUUCUAACGCAGACAUCCUGCCGACCGCGAGGUACUCCCGGUUGCUGCGAAUGUCACCUGCUUUCGAUGUUGUGUGGGAACCCUCCUUGCCCCGGUUUUCCUUUCUGCCUGCCUUGUGGGCCGGGGAAGUACUUCUGUCUGUUUGUAGGGCGGGCUGGCUCUUCGCCCGUUCAGAACGGCGCAUAGCUCAGAACGUUACUAACCUCCCCACGACUGACCCUCUGUGUGUGCGUGUAAACCAAACCUAAAAUGCUGAUAACAGCUGCUAGAGGGUAGUAUUUAUUUUAGAGUUACACCUGUGAACAUAAGAUAAUUCUGGAUCUAACGUAGCUACUUUGUAAUCGCAGGAUUAUAUUUUUGCUGCUGUUACAUGACAAUAAUUUUUAAAUGCCACCUUGAAGUAGAAGUAGGUAUUUUAAGUGCUAAUGCAAAGAUGAUGAAAAACAAUUUUUUAAAUGCGUGCAGUAUGUGUAUCUUUCCCUGGAAGCAUCCUAAAUGUGAAACUAAACAACUUCGCUGUGGUGGAAGUGGUCAGACGUCACACGCAAACUGCUGUGCACUGCGGGAAGUUGGUUGCGCCCGGGGAGAUCUCCUUUCUAACCCGACUUCACAUUCCAUGGUUAUAACAUGGUCAGUUGCUAUUAAAGUAAAUGAACACAUC